AUGGAGAGCGGCGGCGGAGCGCCGGCCGAGUCCCCACAGUGCCCGCUGUCGCCGGGGGGCGAGGGCGUGGCGGGGCCGGCGGGGCCUCUGGAGCCCGAGGGGGCGGCCGAGGGCGCGGGGGUCGCAGGCGAGGGCGGGGGCGGGCCGCGGCGGGCUCUGAGGGCAGUGUACGUGCGCAGCGAGAGCCCCCAGGGCGGCGCGGCCGGCGGCCCGGAGGCGGGGGCGCUGCAGUGCCUGCUGCGGGCCUGCGAGGCCGAGGGCGCCCACCUCACCUCCGUGCCCUUCGGGGAGCUCGACUUCGGGGAGACGGCCGUGCUCGACGCCUUCUACGACGCAGAUGUUGCCAUGGUGGACAUGAGCGAUGUCUCCAAACAGCCUUCACUCUUUUACCAUCUUGGAGUCCGGGAAAGCUUUGACAUGGCCAAUAACGUCAUCCUGUACCACGACACUGAUGCUGACACUGCUCUUUCACUGAAGGAUAUGGUAACUCAAAAAAACACAGCAUCUAGCGGAAAUUAUUAUUUCAUCCCGUACAUCGUGACACCAUGCGCUGAUUAUUUCUGCUGUGAGAGUGACGCCCAGAGACGUGCCUCAGAGUACAUGCAGCCCAACUGGGACACCAUCCUGGGUCCACUGUGUGUGCCCCUGGUGGACAGGUUUACUAGCCUCCUCAAGGACAUCCACGUCACCUCAUGUGCUUAUUACAAAGAAACCUUGUUAAGUGACAUCCGGAGAGCCAGAGAGAAAUACCAGGGCGAUGAACUGGCGAGGGAGCUGGCUCGCAUCAAACUCCGCAUGGAUAAUACCGAGGUUCUGACGUCAGACAUCGUCAUUAAUUUACUGCUGUCCUAUCGAGAUAUCCAGGACUAUGAUGCGAUGGUGAAGCUGGUAGAAACACUGGAAAUGCUGCCCACGUGUGACUUGGCUGAUCAGCAUAACAUUAAAUUCCACUAUGCAUUUGCACUGAAUAGGAGAAACAGUGCAGGUGAUCGUGAGAAGGCUCUGCAGGUCAUGCUCCAGGUUCUGCAGAGCUGUGACCACCCAGCGCCCGACAUGUUCUGCCUCUGUGGGAGGAUCUACAAGGACAUCUUCUUGGAUUCGGACUGCGAAGAUGAUGCCAGCCGAGACAGCGCCAUUGAGUGGUACCGCAAAGGGUUUGAGCUCCAGCCGUCUCUUUAUUCAGGAAUCAACCUUGCAGUUUUGCUGAUAGUUGCUGGACAACAAUUUGAAACUUCCAUGGAACUAAGGAAAAUAGGUGUCCGACUGAACAGUUUGUUGGGAAGAAAAGGGAGCUUGGAGAAGAUGAACAAUUACUGGGCUGUGGGUCAGUUCUUCAGCAUUAGCAUGUUGGCCAAUGAUGUUGGGAAGGCUGUCCAGGCAGCAGAGAGGUUGUUCAAACUGAAACCUCCAGUCUGGUACCUGCAAUCACUAGUUCAGAACUUGUUAUUAAUUCAGCGCUUCAAGAAGCCCAUUAUUGAACAUUCACCCAAGCAAGAACAGCUGAACUUCUGGUUAGACAUAAUUUUUGAGGCAACAAAUGAAGUUACUAAUGGACUCAGAUUUCCAGUUCUGGUGAUAGAACCAACCAAAGUCUACCAGCCUUCGUAUGUCUCUAUAAACAGUGAAGCUGAGGAGAGGACAGUUUCUCUGUGGCACGUCUCACCCACGGAAAUGAAACAAAUUCAUGAAUGGAAUUUUACAGCCUCUUCCAUUAGAGGAAUAAGCAUAUCCAAGUUUGAUGAACGGUGUUGUUUUCUUUACGUCCACGAUAAUUCUGAUGACUUUCAAAUCUACUUUUCCACUGAAGACCAGUGUAGUAGGUUUUGCUCUUUGGUGAAGGAGAUGAUAACCAACGGAGCAGGCAGUACCGUGGAGCUGGAGGGCGAGGCCGAUGGGGAUACCUUAGAGUAUGAGUAUGACCACGAUGCGAGCGGUGAGCGAGUGGUGCUGGGGAAGGGCAAGUAUGGGGUCGUGUAUGCCGGCAGAGACCUGAGCAAUCAAGUGCGAAUAGCCAUCAAAGAGAUUCCAGAGAGAGACAGCAGGUACUCUCAGCCUCUGCACGAGGAGAUAGCCCUGCACAAGUACCUCAAGCACCGCAAUAUCGUUCAGUACCUGGGCUCUGUGUCGGAGGAUGGCUACAUUAAGAUAUUUAUGGAGCAGGUGCCUGGGGGAAGCCUUUCGGCUCUUUUGCGAUCAAAAUGGGGGCCGAUGAAGGAGCCCACCAUCAAGUUUUACACCAAGCAGAUCCUGGAAGGCCUGAAAUAUCUCCACGAAAACCAGAUUGUGCACAGAGACAUAAAGGGUGAUAACGUUCUGGUGAAUACCUAUAGCGGAGUGGUGAAAAUCUCUGAUUUCGGCACCUCUAAACGUCUUGCAGGAGUGAAUCCGUGUACAGAGACUUUUGCUGGCACUCUGCAGUACAUGGCGCCUGAGAUCAUCGAUCAAGGACCUCGUGGGUACGGCGCCCCGGCUGAUAUCUGGUCCCUGGGCUGCACCACCAUUGAGAUGGCCACGAGCAGGCCUCCGUUCCAUGAGCUUGGUGAACCGCAGGCAGCGAUGUUCAAAGUGGGGAUGUUUAAGAUUCAUCCUGAGAUUCCGGAAACCCUUUCUGCUGAAGCCAGAGCCUUCAUUUUAUCCUGUUUUGAGCCUGACCCCCACAAACGUGUCACCGCUGCUGGCCUGCUCCAGGAGGGUUUCUUAAGGCAGGUGAACAAGGGCAAGAAGAACCGAAUUGCUUUCAAGCCGGCAGAGGGUCCCCGGGGCACCGCGCUGACUCUGCCCCCAGUGGGGGAGCUGAUGGGCAGCAGCAGCAGCAUUGAGCACGGCUCAGUCUCCCCGGACUCCGACGCCCAGCCCAACGUGUUCUUCGACAAGUCCCGGCAGCCCACGCACCGGCUCAGCCAGCUGCUCAGCGUUCCUGAUGAGAGCUCGGCCUCAGAGGACCGGAGCACAGCCUCCUCCCCGGAGGACAGGGACCCGGGCCUCUUCCUGCUGCGCAAGGACAGCGAGCGCCGUGCCAUCCUCUACAAAAUCCUCUGGGAGGAGCAAAACCAGGUGGCUUCCAACCUGCAGGAGUGUGUGGCCCAGAGUUCGGAAGAGUUGCAUCUCUCAGUCGGCCACAUCAAGCAGAUAAUUGCGAUCCUGAGAGACUUCAUCCGCUGUCCGGAGCACAGGGUGAUGGCAUCCACGAUAUCAAAGCUAAAGGUGGACCUGGACUUUGACAGCUCAUCCAUCAGUCAGAUUCAUCUGGUACUGUUUGGAUUUCAGGAUGCUGUAAAUAAAAUUUUGAGGAACCACUUAAUUAGGCCCCACUGGAUGUUUGCAAUGGACAACAUCAUCCGUCAAGCGGUGCAGGCUGCAGUCACCAUCCUCAUCCCAGAGCUCCAAGCCCACUUUGAGCCUGCCUCAGAGACCGAAGGGGUGGAUAAGGACACGGAUGAGGUGGAAGAGGACUAUCCCUCCGCAGACCCGUCUGGAAGCGAGGCGCAGCUCCACCAGCAGCACCUGAGCCUCCAGCUGAGCAAGCUCAGGCAGGAGACCAACAGACUUUUGGAACACCUAGUUCAAAAAGAGAAAGAGUACCAGAAUCUUCUACGGCAAACCCUAGAACAGAAAACUCAAGAACUGUAUUACCUUCAGUUACAAUCCAGAUCUAAUGAGAUGACAGAGAACUCAGGGUCCCCUCCUGGGUCUCACAGGCAGAGAACAGAUAAAGAGCUUGUCGAUUGGUUGCAACUGCAAGGAGCAGAUACGAAAACAAUUGAAAAGAUUCUUGAAGAGGGUUACACACUUUCUGAUAUUCUGAAUGAUAUCACUAAGGAAGACCUAAGAUACCUUAGACUACGCGGUGGUCUCCUCUGCAGGCUCUGGACUGCAGUCUCCCAGUACAGAAGACAGGCUCAGCGGGCCCCACCGACCCAAGAUGAGGCUUAAUCAGUCAGCUAAGGCAGCUGACAGAGGGAGCCAAAGAGCUGACAUAUUUGUUGUUAA